CUUGAAUAUCAGAAUUCAUUGAGUUUUUGCUGAUGGAUCUUCCUUUUCCAAUUCUAGUCAUGGCAUUAAUAGUCCUAUGCAAACAAAUAAGUCUUGUCCAAGGGGAUAUAGGCACUGCGACUUCGUAUGGUCCUCCAUACAUACCUACCAAGUGCCAUGGCAAUAGACAAGACCAAUUCCCACCAGGAAAUCUGUUUGUUGCAGUGAAUGAAGGAUUGUGGGAUAAUGGGGCUUCAUGCGGCAGGCGCUACAGAUUAAAGUGCUUGAGCGGAAACAAUAGGCCGUGCAAGGAGGGCACCAUAGACGUUACAGUGGUGGAUUUUUGCUCGAAAAGGCCAUGUCCAUCGACCAUUGUCUUGUCUAAAGAUGCUUUCGAAGCUGUUUCGCGUUCUCCCAAUGCUAAAAUCAACAUU